ACACCCUCGGCUUCGAUCGCCAUUUUAUUGUAUAAACAACGGCUGAGUGGGCCUGAUUUUUUUGCAAAGAAAUUUGUUUUCGCCCGUUUCAUGGAACAAAAUUAGCUCUUCUAGCCAUGGAACGAGCACAGAAGAUCAUGGAUGGCUUUAAAUUAAAUUGGAUUAACUUCAGAGAUGCUGAAAAUGGGAAAAUAAUAUGGCAAGGAAGUGAAGAUUUGUCAUCACCAGAAACAGAACAUGAAGCAAGAGUACCAAAGAAAAUUCUAAAAUGUAGAGCUGUAUCAAGAGAAAUUAACUUCUCAUCAAAUGAAGAGAUGAAGCAAUUCCGACUUGAACAAAAAGUGCUGUUCAAGGGAAAAUGCUUAGAAGAGUGGUUUUUUGAUUUUGGAUUUGUGAUUCCUUCAUCCACAAACACAUGGCAAUCUUUAAUUGAAGCUGCGCCAGAAGACCAAAUGAUGCCAUCUUCAGUGUUAAAUGGAAAUGUGGUUAUCGAGACAAAAUUCUAUGAUGGCAACCUUCUUGUCAGUACCUCAAAAGUAAGAAUAUUUUACAUCUGAUUGACAAAAGCAAUGAAGUAAUGAUCAGAGUACACUUGUUUGGUAUGCUUUGGGGGAAUUAUUAUCCAUAGUUUGUAGUAAUCAAUUUAGGAUAAACUUUGUUUCAUCAGCUAUUAUUUUGCGCUCCUCUAAAGUCCUACCAUAAUGUACAUAAAUACUUUUAUUAAACCAUCUGAGUCACAGUUAGGUGCUUAACUUACUGUGUGUAAAAAAAAAGAACAUGAUUGAUUGUAAAGUAACAGUGCCUUCACUGAGGAUAAGAAUUCAUUUAGAAACUUGCAGAAUCAUAUUUAUAAAAGGACAAUAUCAUGUGACAGAUAAUUGUUACUUUACAUUCUGUUCGAGUUUGUUUAUAUCUGUGUAAAUUUGAUUUGAAGAGUAAUAUAUAUAAAUAGAAAGAGCUCGGAAAUUAUUAUUAGGAUAGAAAUGCAAGCUAAACUGCUUCUAGGCUGUGAUUCAACAAUGUAUUUACAAUGUAUUUGUAAAAUUUAAUAAAGGGGCUGUA